CUAACGUCGGCGCUGUGACCAGCCAUGCGAUUCUCUAACAAACGUAUCACAGAUAUUAAUAAGGACGAUAUAACGGAGGCUUCGCCGUUUAUAACGCUUUUUAAAACAACAGUGGUAAAAACGGUAUUCACUAAGCUACCUAACUUCGUCGACGAUCUGCCGAGCAACGAUUAUACGUACGAUGUUAACAGUGUUGCUAUGAUUUAUCUAAAGUAUAAUCGAGAAAAUCUCGACUAACUUAAUUUUAGGUUAUUUCAUCACUUUAAGUUGAUAUAAAUACACAAUACGUAUCUACAAAACCUAUUUUGUUUAUUAUGUAACGAAAAUUUAACUAAUCAUAAUUUAGAAAGAAUUUACAAUUAAUUAUAAUUUAGUCAAAUGUUUGCCUUUUUUAACGGCAACAUUCUGGGUAUUUCAAAUUUCAAAACAAACUAGGUACCUGCCACUUGAGUUCUUCACGUUAAGUUUUUUUAUAUAUAAAUACGAAAUUUCAAUGUUCUGAGUGUUUUUUUUAAGUGUGGCUAAGUGGAUUUCAAACUCGUAAGUGGAAUUCUCCACCCUUAGCAAUGGCAUUCUACUUGUUCUUUGUUUUAGUUUGGUUUAAAACCUUUCGAAAUGUCUCGCAACGCAGCGCCUUCCUUAAAUCAGCUAGAAAAACUAGUAAACUUUUUGGAAAGCAAUCCAUGGCUGGCUAUGGGUCAUGCUCGUACUGCGAAUGCUCGCAAUCGCAGUCGUCAGGCAUGGUCCGAAAUAACGACAGCUUUGAACAGUGAAGGUGGUGGGUGUACGAAAACAUGGGAACAGUGGUGUAAGUACUGGAAGGACAAAAAAGGAGCAGUGAAGAGGAAGACCAGCUUAAUUGCAGCAGCAAGACGGCGGACUGGUGGUGGUAUAGAGGAUGUGCCAGAGCUCAGUGAAAUUGAGUUAAAAAUCCAAACAAUCAUGGGAGGAGAAAGUUUUGGUAGCGGAGAUCAGAACUUAGCAAUAAAUCCCUUUGAGGAACAGCCGAUAGAUAGAGUUGCGGAAAGUGAAGAGUCUCCCAGCAUUUUACUUAAUAUUGACCUGCCAAUUGAGCAACAGCAUGCUGACCAAAGCAGAUUAUCUGAGCCAGGCUAUGAAGUGCUAUGGUCUAAUCUUCCUGCCUUUGAUGGGAAUAGUGUGCAAGACAAUCUGGCACCGAUACCUUCAACCUCAGCAUCCCAGCCAGUAAUUGAACCAGCAUCAGACGCUCAUCGUUCAGAAGCUGAAGAAAACAGGGUUCUGCCAACUGAGCCAACAAGACCUAUGUUACAGCGAAAUGAUGUUUUGGAAAGGGGCAGUCAAACUCCCAGUCAGCGUUUGCCUAGAGAGACCUUACAUAGUCGCCGACGGACUCACCAACAGUCUCCGCGGCAAUCUGCCGCGCGCCGGCGUCUAUUAAGAAGGUCACCUCCCGCGCAACGCCGCUCUGAAAUGGUUAGCAUCACAGAGCGGUUCAUUGCAAUUGAAGAACGCCGAGCAGACGCAGAACUCUUGAUUGCUCAAGCAAUCAAUAAACAAGCACAGAACAGCCAAGCUACUGUUGAGGUUUUAGGUCAAGUCGGUCAAGCUAUGGUUCAGGCGCUGGAUAAAUUAGGUAGCGCUCUUAGAGAUUUAGCUAAUAAAUAAAAUGUGUGUCAAAGGACUGAUAUAUACAUUAUUAGUUAUGAUAAAAUACACUAUAUUAAGAUUGUUUUAUUAAUUAAUUAAUUGUAAUAAAAUUAUUGUACCUCCA